AUGAUGUCCGUGGUGGCGACCAGGGACCAGCUGGUCCCCCCUAGCUAUUCAGCUACCAACCUGGAGAGCAGGAUGUCGGCUUGGCCUGCAGCAGCGACGCUGUGCUACAAAAAGAAGCAAAAAGUCGGCAUCGGCCAGCGCCAACGUCGCCAAGCGCUAUACACCGAGGGAUCCUCCGAGCUGAGACCUGUGGCCUCUAAAAAUUUCCGUGCCGCUAAGUUUGUUGUGAGCCGUCGGUCAACCCACAGACGCACACGUUGGCAGCCGCUCCGCGCCUGA